AGGUGGUAGGAAACGAUGGUUAGAUUUGAUACUACGCGCGCUGUUUAUGUCGGUUCAUUGUAGGUUUUGUAGCUUCUAAGACGACAAAUAGAUGGCGCACUGGAAUCCGGGUAUGCUGCCACAGUUCAACCUGACGCCUCUGCCGCCCAAGGGUGGAGGGAAGUUUGGUGGACAGCCACCUUUGCGGCCUUUCCCAUCGCAAUCCGGAGGCACGAUGUUCAUCAACACUGCGGUUCCGAUGCCAGGCGGUCCUAAGAUGAAGGGUGGCGGAAAAGGGAAGAAAGGAAAGCAAGAGCAAAACAACUUCUUCCAGCCGAACCACAUGAAAGGAGGUGGAAACCAGCACGGAGGCGGCAAGGCUGGUGGAAAGAAGAAAGGCAAGCACGCACCAUGGGACAGCUUAGGUGGGUCCAUGUAUGCGAAACAGUCUAUGCUCGACGAUCCGUGGCGAGACCUCUACGAGCGCGCUGGCGUAACCGUGGUCGACAACAAAAAGCAGAAGAUGCUCGAUGCUAUCGCCUUAAACGGUAGUGGUGGUGGUGCGGAGUAUGACGACAUAGAUAUGGCGGAACAAGAACAGGACGACGAAAACGACAAGGAUCUAGACGAUCCUUCUAGCAAUGCAAAAGGAAUGGAGCAAGAUUCAGACGACGAAAUGAUGAACGACGACUCUCCUGAUCGACCGGACAAGCCCAAGAGGAGUUUCAUCGCUAACCGAGAAGCCAGUCGCAACCGCAGCACUACCGGUGGAGGCGACCUGUCUCAAGGGAUCUUCUCGAAAAGUUUUUCAAAAGCCAGUGGUGGCAUGCGAAACCUCUUGAGUCAGUUACCGCCCCCAUCAAAAGCAAAAAGUAGCAUACUAGACCAGUUGCCAGCACCAAGUGCGAAAAAAGGAGUCUUGGAUUUACCACCACCUUCUAGUGCCUCUUCUGGGUCGAGUUUGAAACGGUCGAAACUAGACUUGCCAGCACCAACGGGAGACUCUACUGCAUCUAGCAGCGUUGGUGUUGAAAAGAAAUCAUUCGUGCUUCCAGAGCCGCAAGGAAGUAGAAUUAUAGGCACAGCAGCUAAUGGAACACUUCUUGGUGGUAGUUCAGCUUCGUCAGGCGAUGUGAAAAGUGAAAGUGACAACGAAGACGACGAUGAGGAUCUUCUAGCAGCGGCACAGCAGGUCGUAGGACCACAGCGCCCGCCACUAGGAAUGUCGGCGGACAUAGGACCUCAACGACCCCCAUCAGCGGCAAUAGUAGUUGGUGCGAAAACUGGAGGUUUUGCCGGCUCAGCGAGUACGAGUAGUAAUGCGACAAAGACUGGAACUGGUUUUAGUUUUUUAGACUCAUUAGCAGCCAGCGCAGAUGCUGAAGACGACGUUGAUGUGGGUCCAGUAGGUCAACCCAGUGCCGCUGGGCUCUUUGCACGCCUUCGUGCUGCUCGAAAUCAAGAAGCGGCGCCGGCACCAGAAAAACCGAAAUUCAAACUUCCACCUCCCACACAAACCCAUAAAACCGCGCAACCCCCAAUCCACCAACAAGAUGAGGAAGAAGAAGGUGAUGUUGAUCUUGACUAGAUUAGCUGCUUCUACCCGCAGCAAUAGUAGGUUUUAACGCAACUACGCAAUGAAUUUAAACACGAGAGUCAUGGCGACGCGCUAUGUUUUUUUUAGUGGUCCGUCGUGUUCUCUAGCGUUGCGACGUGUCGUAAAGCCCUGCGGAAGAGAGAGAGAAAGAGAGACAGAGAGGAAACAAGUGUUUGCUGAAGAAAUUUAUUGGUUAACUUUUUUGAAAAAUUCAUGACUGUCACGUCAGGAGUAGCAGAUUGAUUUCAGAGACACGAGUCACUGACAGGGCUGUAAUUGCGCUGCUGCUGCUGCUGCAUUCGUGCACGCAAAAUGUACCAUCAUGAAAAACGGCACAGGGAAGUGAGAUUUUUCGAAAAGGUUUCAAACGACGUCCCGGUUUUUUUUAGUGUAAAAUUUGUUUCGUGAUAGGCGUACAUUAAGAACGUCCAUCUUUCUACAUGCAGAUCUUUAGUUGUUUAUUCCCUAUUCUAAUCGCAUCCACUCGUUCUUUAAACUCUGGUAUAAAAACUGUACCUGUACUAGAAUCUUAAAUCACGUAAUUGUAAUUGUAUUAAGUAGCAACAGCUUCCAAGAAAAUGGCGGAUGCUCUGAAAAAAUCGACGAUCACCUUGAUCAGUGCGAUCGAAAAGGAGGCGAGCAGUGUCGACGAGGCCUUCACUUACCUCUACAACGCCUUCUAUGAGGAGACCUUCGACUUUGAAGAAGGUACUUCUAAAGCUAUGCAUUGGACUACUUCGCCAGUUAUGCAAUUUAUGCGAAAUCUGAAAGGAAUUUGACCUGCAAAUUUUUAGGAGUACGAAAAGAAAUGAAUGGCAAUUACCUGGUCGAUCUUUGACUUUUAGGUCAAUACCUUGUCGACGACUUUCGCGCCAAGUGCGCAGAAUGGGACGGAGACUCGGACAAUUUCAAAAACGGUCUCUACGCUGCGCUGAAGGCUUUGCCUGAUGAAGCUAAGAAUCGAGAUAUCGAAAAAGCAGUGAAUACUCUAUUGGGUUUGGAGGAAGAUGCGAUCACCGAAUUUGUCGAAGACGUCGUCGACGUGGCUUUUACGAGCUUUUUCGGGUAAGAAGAAAAUAUAGAUUACACUCAACAAAAAUGGCUGUUAAAAGAUUUUGAAAAAUGGUUAUAUGCUAAGACACAUAAUGAAGCGUUGUAAUAUUAGACAAAGUAGUACCACAUAGUGAUAGUCAUCAACCAUCAGUUCUUGAGUACUAGUAGCAAGUAUGAAAAAUGAAAGCAUCGUUAUAAAUCAGGACAAGGUGUUGGUGUAAGUGUAUACUUAUACACAGUAAUGCAGAUGCACUCGUACACAUUGUCAUGAUUGGUCUGUGAUACUUUUUGACGGGAGAUGGUAUUGGAUAGAAAUAAAUGUCGAGAAGGUUCAGUCCAAUAGUUAACAGACAACGCGAAAAGAACAAGACAUAUGAGUACUAAGUAAAAAUACAGUGUAACAGUAACUUUAACCAGCACAGUGUCGCAUUGGAAAAUAGAGUAUGAUCACACAAAUUCCUCUGCC